ACAAGGUGGCGCUUCACGUUAUACUUCAGUCAUUUGACUCGAGCUGUGUCCGUGGUGCUGAAAUCACACUGUAUUCUGCAAAUACACAGCCGACGUUCAACGUGUAUCCUCCACGUGGUGAUGGUGUUUCGUUGUGGCCACGUAAAUAAAUAGGCUGCGCCGUGUAAUUUCAUUUUCAAAUAGCCUAAAGUAGGCUAAGGGUAUUUAUCUGCUACUGAUUUAUCAUUGUCAAGCCUGAAGUCGUUCAAACCGAAGAAAUGGAAAAGGAGCGAAAAUCCUCCAAACAAUAUGGGUCUUUGGAACGAAGCAAAUUGGAUGGAAAAGCUGAUAAGAAGGAGGAAGACAUUGUCUCAAUGGCGGACUCCACCAUCACAAUAGAUCACAUUGAAGGGGAGCUUUUCAGAAUCGAGCGGAUACGUGAUGUUCUAGUACGGAGGGAAUCAGAACUAAGAUACAUGAUGGACGACAUUCAGCUUUGCAAGGAAAUCACACGGCUGAAAAAAGAACUUCAGAAGCUGGUGUCUGUUUCAGACACAGACAAAUCCAACGAGGACCGGCAGAGGGAGGAGGAGUUGCUGCAGCAGAUCCACAAGCUGGUGGAGACCAGGGACUUCCUGGUGGAUGACGUGGAGUUUGAGAGGCUCAGGGAGAGAGAGGAGGACAAAGAAAUGGCUGAUUUCUUGCAGUCUAAAUUUCCCAAGACCUUGAAGAAAAAAGACAUCACAGAGGACCGAAGGAUGACCUCCAAAGCCCAGCAAACUUCGUCCACUCCCUUUGUCACCAAAACCGGUCUCACCCUUCUGAAGGAGUGCUGCGGCUUCACAUGCUCUGUCAUGUAGACUCCCUGCCCUGUGGAGAGACUGAGACACGUUGUUGAUUUCGGGAUGGGGUCAUUUGUAUUGAGUGGGCAGACAGAGCUCUCAUACUUCGACUAUAACCCUAAACAUAUGUACAGUGACGGUUGGGACUGUGUUUCCAUCAAUUAAUCUAUUGCUGGGUCAUUGCACCAAUUUAGUGCAUUUUGAGAAGUGUAACUUGGUAAAAAAAAAAAACUAUUUCAAUUUUUUUUGCAUUCUGUCAUAAAGAGCACAUGUACAACUUCAUAUUGAAACGUGAGUUCAGUUCACGUAACAGGGUUGACCUUAAAAUGAGGGACAGAUGUAAAUUAAUCACUAAUAAAUAACAAUCUUCAGAAAUUACUUUGUUAAAGCAACAAAAUAACUAGGGCUUUACAAUGAUGGUGAAUUUUGGGGGUUGUGUUUUGUCUUUUUAAUUUAACCCUUUAUUUGACUAGGCAAUUCAGUUAAGAACAAAAUAUUAUUUACAAUGAUGGCCUAUACUAGUGAAUUAACUGUCUUGUUCAAGGGCAGAAUGACAGCUUUUUACCUGGUCAACUCUGGGAUUCGAUCUAGCAACCUUUCGGUUACUGGCCCAACGCUCUAACCACAGGGCUACCUGCCGCCCCAUGAAAAUCUUCAAAUAAGUCACAGAUUGUGCAUGGAGGGACAUGUCAAAGUGCUGAUUUUUUUUUUGCACUUUUCUAAGUCUUUAUUUAUAUAAAAAAAUCAUAAUUUUAGAAUUUUGAUAAAACAGGCCUUUAAAAUUCAACAUUGGUGAACAAUUUCUACUUAUAAUAUCAAAGGGAUGCAAAAGGCACUCUUUUCAUGGAACGACCUUGCUGAUCAUUUCCUGAUAAAGGCCAACUUGACUCAGCCAAGUCCAUAAGUCAACACAUAUCUUCUUCAUCACCAUGGUCAAAAUAAGUAUUCUGGUCUGUAACCAAUUAACAUUAAUUUAAAAAAUGUAACCCCUUUUUUUUUCUCCCCAAUUUUGUGGUAUCCAAUUGCUUUAGUAGCUACUAUCUUGUCUCAUCGCUACAACUCCCGUACGGGCUCGGGAGAG